GACUCUUCAGCGCAAAAAUGGAUGCUCGGAUGAGACACAUUGAAAAAGUAAUCCAGCGGCUUAACCAGUUAAAUCCCGUAACUGAGAAUAUUGGAGAUUUCUUGGAAGAAUCUGCUCAUGUAUUACAGGUAUUUGUUUGUUAUUUGGCCAUUUUUCAACUGGAAGAACUUGGACUUCGGGAGUUCAGCAGAAUUAUCAAAUCACUGGAUGUUCCUAAGAUAUGUAAGUUCCUUAGAUUCUUUUUCAAUAGAAUAAAUCUGAGUACAUGGAUAAAAGAUGAAUGGAACAAAAUGUAUGAUUCUGUUUAUGUAAAUAAUAACUGGAUCAAACCAUUGCAAAGAUGGCAGCCAAAAAUACAACAAAUGAUUGAUGGACUCGAUGAUAAAUUCGAUAAACACACUACUAUAACUUCAAAGAUAACUAAACCACAGGAAUUUAACUUGACAGUACCUAAUCCACGAGCUAUACUGAUUCCUGAGCUAAUUCCACAGCAAGAGAAAACAAGACCUGUUCCUGCAAACACUUAUAAGAUUCCUAAAAUGGGUCAGAAACUAGAACAAAUAAAGUCAAAGAAUCGACGCAAAGCAGAGGAACUGCUGUUAGAAGCAAAUAUGAACCAGUUCAGAUGUGCAGCCCCAAAGUUUGAACAUAAAAGUCCCGUUGCAAUGGAAGUUCUAAACCCUAAAAAAAAAUUUCACGCUCAGAGGAUCAAAGGAAAGAUCGAUAAUAUACCAGUUAAACUAAAUGCAACUGCCAUCUUAAGGGAAGGUGUCCUUUAUCAGCGGAAAGUGGAAGAAGAGCUUAACAGAAUUGAACACCUUCUACGAGGAGCCCGAGAUCCAUCUGAAUACCUGGAAUGGCAAGAGCAAAUGCGUAGGAAAGAUUUGGACCAGCAGCUCACAGAAGAAGAAUGUAGGCGGCUGCAAGGAAAACUAAGCUAUGAGGAAGCUAUUGUAGCACGUCAGAAUUGUAUUCGGGAAAAUCAGAAAAAAGCUGAGCAGGAGAGGGAAAUGGAAGAAGUAAUGAGUCACCAUUGUGAACAAAGAAAACUUAAAGAACUGAGGGGAAGACAAAAAACUGUACAGCAGGUGACAGAAGCACGCAAAAAUGUGAAGCAAGCACAAAUGAAGCUCCAAAAAUGUAAACGGCAGAUAGGUAAUUAGCAGAAUCGUAUCUUUUCCACAUUUUCUGAAAAGCAGCUAUUCUUCUUGUUCACUCACUGGAAUAUUACUAAGGAGUGAAAGAGAAACUGAGUAUUUAAAUGUAUUCUAA